AUUGUAGAGGCAGUUAUUGUUGCUGGCCAAAGGAGAUCCAAAAUUGUCAACACUCAAACGAGUCACGGCAAGGUGAACUGAGAUGUGAAUGAGCUCAGCUUGAGGUUUUCAGCACAAAUAUCGGAUUCGCAAGCCUGGCGAAGGCAACAAAAUAGAGAUUAAUCUGGAAGUGGUUGCUGCCAACGGAAGCAGCACGCGAUAAUUUUGGAGCUGAAUUCGCUGUGGAAUCGCAAAAUCUUUGCUGAAAGUUAUACUAAAUUCUCAGCUACAAUGAACAAGUUCUGGACGCUACUAUUAAUUGCUCUCAGCUUUUUGCUGGUGGGGGCCAAGAACGUGGAUUAUAUAGAUUUGAUGGAUUUAGCUGACAACGACGAGUUCCAAUGGGGGGCAAUGGAGAAUGCCCCCGACACGCAAACCAACAAUACCGCCAAUUUUUUGAUGCGCCAUCGUCUAUCCAAACGACAAGCAGCCCCGGAAUUAUUGGAGAACAAGGACUUUGGCUCCUGUCGCACCUCACUGGGCGACACAGGACGGUGUCGCCACAUAAUCUAUUGCCGUAUGCCCGAACUAAAGAACGACGUUUGGCGUUUGGUUUCCCAGCUCUGUAUUAUUGAGAAGAGUUCCAUCGGGAUUUGCUGCACUGAACAGCGCUCCAAUUUGCGAUUUAGUCCACAAUUUGUUGAUGCAGCCGAGGAGGAGAGUCCACGCAUUGUCAACCGACCGGAACAGAGAGGAUGUGGAAUCACCACACGCCAGUUUCCCCGAAUAACUGGUGGCCGUCCCGCCGAGCCCGAUGAGUGGCCCUGGAUGGCCGCACUUCUUCGCGAGGGCAUACCCUAUGUCUGGUGUGGAGGCGUACUCAUUACGGACCGUCAUGUAUUGACGGCAGCUCACUGCCUGCACAAUUUAAAAAAGGACCAAAUGUUCGUGCGGCUGGGCGAGUAUAACACUCACCAGUCGAACGAAACACGCGCUCGAGAUUUCAGAGUCGGCAACAUGGCGACCCAUGUGGACUACAACCCGUUGACCUAUGAGCACGAUAUUGCUCUCAUACGCCUUGAACGCGCUACCUUGUUUAAUACCUAUAUAUGGCCAGUGUGCAUGCCACCACUAAACGAGGAUUGGACGGGGAGAGGCGCUAUUGUGACUGGAUGGGGCACGAAGACAUUCGGAGGCCCCCAUUCCAACGUCUUAAUGGAGGUGAACCUGCCUGUUUGGAAGCAAAUGGACUGCAAAAAUGCCAUGGUCGAGCGAAUACCGGACACGGUUAUUUGUGCUGGUCAGCCCGAGGGUGGUCAGGAUUCAUGCCAGGGCGACAGCGGCGGUCCCUUGCUGGUGCAGCUUCCCAAUUUACGUUGGGUGACUAUUGGAAUUGUGUCUUGGGGUGUACGCUGCGGUGAGCCACGCCGACCGGGUAUGUACACCCGGGUAGACCGAUAUCUGGAGUGGAUUAUAUCUAAUGCGGAUAUAUAGCUAAACGAACUGUUAAUCUUAUUUGAUUCUAUGUGUCUGUGAACAUAUAAUUUACUUUUUGUUUCACUUAAAAAAGUCUUGGUAAGAUGGCUUACCAACUAAAAAUAAACAACAUUCUUAUACUUAUGAA